UUUGAAAACAAAUUUCAAUUUGAAAAAGCAGUUUUGUUUUUCCUCUUUCCUAACCAGAUCAAAAAGAAACAGCAAGAGGUAGUGGGCUUUUUAGAGGCCAACAAGAUUGACUUUCAGCAAAUGGACAUAGCAGGUGAUGAGGACAACAGGAAAUGGAUGAGAGAGAAUGUUCCUGGAGAAAAAAAGCCUCAAAAUGGAAUUCCUCUUCCUCCACAGAUCUUCAAUGAGGAGCGGUACUGUGGGGACUUUGAAUCCUUUUUCUCUGCUAAAGAAGAAAAUAUUAUUUAUUCAUUCCUGGGUCUUGCUCCUCCUCCAGGCACAAAGGAGACUGAAAAGUCUGAUACUGCUGGUGAAACUGAGACACAUACAGAACACGGUGCAGAUGAAGGGGCCCAUGAAGAGGCUCAGCCACCAUCAGAAGAUCAGCAGGAAAACAAGGAAGGAGAUGCGGCGGCAGAGGAAGAAGAAAAACAUGAAGAGGGAGAAGAAAAGGAAGAAGAAGGAAAGCAAGAAGAGGGAGAAGAAAAGGAAGAGGUGGAGGAGCAAGAAGAGUCUUAGUACACUUCCUUAUGACACAUUCUCUCUUGAACAGGUUUUCAGGAAGCACAAGCUGGAGCAGCCCUGCCAAAGGAAAAGCCUCCCUCUUAAGCAAACCGUCACUACCUUUCAUGCCUGUGUACAUGUGAACAUAUAAAUACAGAACAACAAAGAUACCACUGUAUCCUACUUGUAGCCUUUGUAUAUAUAUUUGGUAUUACAAUUGCUUGUUAAAAUGAAUCUUCUUAUAUCUGAUUGCUGGUAUUUCAGUUGAUUGUUAUGUGUUGGAAUAGUAUUGUCCACGUCAUAUCUUAGGUUGUAAGUUCCUCAGAGCAGGAACCAUGUCUUUCUCCAUGUUUAUGUACUGUCAAACACACUGCUAUCACUCAGCAGAUAACUGCACUCACACAAGUGGUGUGGUAUUCAGAGAAAAAGAAAUUCAGAGCUGAAAACUACAAAAAGGCUUCCUGUAUGCAACUUAUGUGAGUCACUUCUCCCUCAGCUGGCUUUUGAAAGCGAUUGAGAUUUCCAUUGUACAUCAGUUUAAAUAAAUUCAU